AUGUGCAGCAGCAGCAUCAUCCUCCUCAACAAGCAAGUUCUCUCGCACCAUGGGUUCAAGGCGGUCAACUCCCUCUUGGCGUACCACUGCCUCAUCGCGGUCGCGCUGCUGAGGGGCGCCGCGGCGCUUGGUCUGGUGGAGAUCGCGCCCCUGACGCGCGACGUGCUGCGGCUGUGGCUGCCCCUGAAUUUCAUAUUCGUGGGGAUGCUGGCGACGGCUUUCAAGUCGCUGGGGCUGCUGGGCGUGGGCGUCAUGUCGCUGCUGAAAAACCUGACCAACAUAUUCAUCAUAGCCGGGGACUAUGUGAUGAUGGGCCGCACGUACACGUGGCAUGUAUACGCCUGCCUGCUGUUGAUGCUCGCCACCGCGGCCGGCGGCGCGGCGACCGACGCGGCUUUCUCGCCGGCGGGCUACGCGUGGCAGCUGCUCAACUGCCUGCUCACGGCCGCCUACGCGCUGUACCUGAGCCACGUGACUCAGCGCCUGUCGUCGUCAGCGGGCCCCUCCGGCCGCCGCGUGAACGAGGCCAGGUGCGGGCUUGCGCGGUUCCUCGCGGUGCCAUGA